AUGCCUAAGAUCGCCUGUAUCGGUGUAAUCGGUAAAGCCGACAACCCAAUACAUAUAGCAUUGUUCCCUCCAUAUCGCAACUCGGCUAUCGAGUUCUCCUUCCUAGUGAACUCCUGCUUGGAUAUCGUUGAGAUAAGGCGCAGACAAACGUCCAUUGACCAGGAUCUCGGCCUUUUGCACGCCGUGGACGAAAGCUUGGCGGCGUACGGAUGGCUCACCACGACAGGAGUGAAGCUGCUAGUUAUAGUUGAUCUAGUCGGCGAAAUAAUUAACCCAGAGGGGCUCGGGGCAUCAUCUAGGACUAUUGUCAAGGUGCCUGACCUUAGGCCGGUCUUCCGUUCUCUGCAGGACGCUUAUGUUCAACUAUUGCAGAAUCCAUUCUAUACCCCGAUUGGGCACUCUGAUACCGUCAAGCCUUCUGCUCAGGUGUCUAGCUUUCCGCAGGUCGCAGACAAAAGAUUUGUCAGGGAGAUUUUACGAAUUGGUGAGUCAUGGGCACCACUUAUGUCUCCACACUAG